ACAGGGUUACAGUAUCCCCCACACCGUUUCGUAGAAACCUGUGUGCUACACGCUGUUUCUUUGUUGGUUUGCUCGGCAGGCGUGAGAAUUCCACGUUGAACUUUCGUCGGAUGUAUAACAUUCAGUCACCCUUUGGGUCGGUGACUCUGACGAGCAAAUCGAUUGCUGCCACGCUGCCACUACUGCUUCGACUUUUCCUGACCUUUCCUGACUCUCUAUGCAUACAACUUUGAUCGCCUUUCCAGAUUUGAAUUCGGACCCGGGCGUAAAUAACUACGAGACUUACCUCCGCUGCGCUGCUAACUCUGCAUGCGUUAUGCCUGUCAACUAAAGCUGUUCCUUCGCGGGGGAAAGCUGCGCUUGGUUUCGUGGUCUGCGAGGAUGGGGUCGACGGAGGAGUUGCCGGAACAGCCCGCCUCGUCGCCGUGUUGGAAGAAGAAGGCGCCCGACGCUGGUUUCUUGGCCAACGUCAAGGACCACCUCGAUCAAUUCGUCGGGACUUCCAUGGAUCAACACAGGAUCUGCCUCAAGAAGACCAUCAGAGGGGUGGGGGACUUCGUCAAGCUUAGGAAGCAAGGCAAGUUUGAUGGUCCCGUUUUAGGUUUCUUCUUCCUCCUCCUCCUCCUCCUCGUCGAAGGUUGUCACCGAGAGCAAUUCUGCUGCUGAGAACACAGAGACGACGGGAGAUUCGCCAUAGGACGAGAUCUGAAGCGUCCUUUCUAAACCAGACAAUAUACAGAUCUCAGUUUCGUUGGGCCGGCGAACGCAUUCUAGCAAAAUUGUGUGAUGAUCUAUUUCCUAUACUCUGCAUGUGUCUGGCGUCAUUAACUAGCAAAGAAAUAAAUGGUUGUCAUGUCCCAUUAGCUAUA